AUGGGAAAGGCAACGUCACAAGAGGCCCGUGUCAUUUCCGAGGUUAACACCUUCCUCAGGAGAAAGUUUCUCAACUGGAUAGAGGCACUGAGCCUCCUUCGCCAUAUGCAACAGGCAAUACAAGCCAUCCAAAAGCUUGAGGUUCUGUUCAACCAAAGCCCCAGCUCAAUCGACCAAGGUCUAUCAGCUUUUACUCAUGACGCGAAUCGAUUUCUACUCUAUCACAGAGUGGUCAUCGAAAACACCCCUUUACAACUGUAUGGUUCGGCUCUGCUGUUUAGCCCUGAACAGAGCGUUGUGAAAGAACAGUUUAAGAAUGAAGCGCCUGACUGGGUUACAAUUACGCCUGGCCUAGAACCAACAUGGAGCGCGUGUUUGCAGACGUUAGAAGGUGACAGAAAGUGUCAAGGGGCCGCUUCCACAGUAGCCUACUCCCCCGAUGGGGAGUGGCUUGUCACUCGUUAUGUCGACGGCACUGUAAAGCUUUGGCAUGCGAAGAGUGGCACCUGCACGCACACAGUCAGUAUCCACGGAGAGAAGGAUAGACUAUCCAGUGUGGGCAUGGGACCGCGUGGAUCAAAGUCGGUGGCUUUUUCAGCAGACGGCAAAUCAUUUGUAUCAUGCCUCUUUAACGGUGUCGUGAAGGUCUGGGAUAGAGACACAGGCCGUUGCACCCACCAGCUUGAACCACAUUCAUCUAACGCCGACGCAAUGACCAUCUCGUCAGAUGGGUCCACGGUUGCAUUGUAUGAUCAAGGUCGUAUCGUCAUUCGGAGUACGAAAGGAGAAUUUUCUACUCGCACCAUCGAGUGUCAUCCUCCACAGGGUGAAGUUCACUCCAUAGCGUUGAACGCAAAUGGCCAGUGGAUCGCUUUAGGAUCAACAAAUCAUCUACUCGGGAUUUUCGAUGUAUCGACAGGGGGGUACCAACAGAUAUCCACGGAUCACCGGACAGUUACUGUGGCUUGGUCGCUGGGUGGAGCCUGGGUUGCGUCAGGUGGCAGCUCCAUCGCUGAAAGGUGCUCCAUUGUGGAGAUCUGGGAAAGACGAACUGGAAAGUCGGUUCUGAAGAUCAAAUAUGAGGAACCAAACUGGCCAGAGUGGACAGACGUUCCCGUCUAUAUGGAUAUAUCAGCCGACAAAAGGUUCCUAGCAGCAGGCUCUCGACUCGACAUAUGCGUGUGGAACACGUCAACUCGUGCUUUGACGUGGGUGAUGUCCGAUUCCCACAUGGACGAAAUAUACUCAAUAUGCUUUUCACCAGACGCUCAGCGAAUCGUUUCGGCAUCCUAUGCAUCAACAAUCAAAGUCUGGGACUUAUCAAUCAUCGGAGAGGCCGUACCCAACUUUCCAGAUGAUCAACCGAGAAAUUUAGUCUGUGCCGAUGAGGAUCACUUCGCGGCAUAUUAUCCCGAAAUGAAGAAGAUCAGACUUUGGGGCAGACGACCCAAUAUGCCGGAGUCAACGUUCUAUGAGGAGCAUGUGUCUGCUAUCGCACUCUCUCAAGACAACCAGCAACUUGCAUUAACUACUUUCAAUAAGACCACGAUCACGAUUUGGAACAUGAGUACCCGCGCUAUCACGAUCAAAGUCUGUGGUCGUACAGAGCACAUCUGCUUCGAUGCGCGUGACUCUGAAGAGAGCACAAAGAAAAAGGUCUAA